CCCGAAUAAAACCGACCGAUUCCGCGAAUGUGCGAGCUGCCUCCUUGCAAGCAGCCAUAAUUGGGAUUAUUCAGGAAUAAUUCGCCUAAUCCAGCAGUGCUGUUUUUAUUCUCCUGCUAUUUUUAUUUAUUUUUUGCAAAUCGUGAUUUCGACAGCGUUGGUGAUGUAAAUUCCUUCCGAGGCAUCGCUGGAUUUGUCAGAGAUGUAUUUAUGCUUAUCAUGGAGGCUUUUAUUGUGGACUAUUAAGAUGUAGUCCACCUUCGUUGGACAGCAAAACAAAGACUGCAUAUGAACUGUUCAGGGUAAAUACAUCGCCUUUUUUUUUUGACUGAAAGAUGGGAAAAAGAGACGUACCGAGCCUGUCUGUGUGGACUAAUUGUUCUGGUGCCACAAGCCAAUAUACAUGCCAAGACGAUUCAUUUAGGGGAUGCGCGAUCUUUUUUUCCUCUCUAACGCUUGUGGGUGGGUUAUUAUAAGCAUUGAAAAUCUGACAUCAUUUGGAUAUAUGAACAGAACAACAUCUUUUUCAUCGCGUCUGUUUCUAGCCCUGUGGAGAUCCAUCUUCGACGUGAUGCAACAUAAAAUCUGUUUUCUCGGAUGAUAUUCAGACCCAGACCAAAUGAACACAUCCCUCUAUAUGAAACUGUAAUAGGGUGGCACUGGGAUUUUUUUUUUUUUUUUUUUUUUUUUUUUUUAGUUGUUGUUGUUGUAUCUGAAAUGUGGCUUAACAGCAGAAUCCUCAUCCUUGAGUGUUUGAUCAGCUGUUGAUUAUUGCAUCGCCUGUAAUGUAUUAUGUUGAUUAUAUGUUGCUCAAUUCGAUAUUCCUUUGCGAUGGAUUCAUGCAUAACAGGUGUUGUUUGAGCCCAGAGCACAACGAGAGCGUGAGGCUUUAUUAUGUGUUUUUCUCUCGAUUUAACAAACAGUGACACAAAGCGACAAGGAUCAUUUUUGUGUUUGUUUUUUUGUCGUGGGAGAAGAACGGAUCCAUAAAUGAGGGGAUGAAAGGUGAUGUGGCUGUGGACAAAGAGGAAAGAUGAUUCUGUCGUGUAGAAAAGAUCCUUUCGGCCUCUCCUUGUAAAGUCGAGAGAGAGAGCCGUGGGAGACGACGGCUUUAGGAGGAUCAGUAGUGUUUGUGAAGGGCCUGAACCACAGGCUCUUGUGGAAGGUGGUAGAAUGGCUAACCAGAGCUUUGCCAUCGAUGGCCCUGGUAGUUUGCUGGCUGUGCUGGCCUCACAGAGUGGACUGGCAAGAGGCGGCAGCAGCAGCAGUGACAGCAGCAGCAACACUGGAGGAAUCUCUGCCACAGAUGUGUCUGCCUACUUCAAGCUGGUCUUCUUGGGUCUGAUCAUCUGUGUCAGCCUUGUAGGAAACCUCUUGGUCUCUGUGCUAGUCUUACGAGACAGGACACUUCACAAGGCCCCCUAUUUCUUCCUCCUGGACCUGUGCCUGGCCGAUGCAGUUCGCUCUGCUGCCUGCUUCCCCUUUGUGCUGGUUUCAGUCCACAACAGCUCGGCCUGGACUUACAGUGCCUUGAGUUGUAAAGUUGUGGCUUUUAUGGCUGUGCUAUUUUGUUUUCACGCUGCCUUCAUGCUGUUUUGUGUGGCUGUAACCCGCUACCUUGCCAUUGCCCACCACCGAUUCUACGCCAAGCGCAUGACCAUCUGGACCUGUGCCGCCAUUAUUUGCAUGGUUUGGACUCUGGCCGUUGCCAUGGCGUUCCCACCUGUCUUUGACGUGGGGACAUACAAGUUUAUCCGUGAUGAGGAUCAGUGCAUUUUUGAACACCGCUACCUGAAGACCAAUGACACCCUAGGCUUCAUGCUCAUGCUGGCUGUGGUGGUCCUGGCAACCCACGGUUUCUACGCCAAGCUGCUGCUGUUUGAGUAUCGGCACCGCAAGAUGAAACCUGUCCAGCUCGUCCCAGCUAUCAGCCAGAAUUGGACCUUCCACGGUCCUGGGGCCACUGGUCAAGCUGCAGCUAAUUGGAUUGCUGGUUUUGGUCGAGGUCCCAUGCCACCCACUCUGUUGGGCAUUAGGCAAAAUUUACACAAUCAACACCGGCGGCUGCUCGGGAUGGAAGAGGUGCGGUCAGAGAGGAGGCUGGGCAGGAUGUUCUACACCAUCACCCUGCUCUUCCUGGUCCUCUGGGCUCCCUACAUCGUGGCAUGCUUCUGGAGGGUGUUCGUCAAGUCCUGCGCCAUCCCUCACAGGUACCUUUCUAUCACAGUGUGGAUGAGCUUUGCCCAGGCUGGUGUCAACCCCAUCUUCUGUCUCCUGCUCAACGAGGACCUGAGGAAAGUGCUGAGAGCUCACCUGCCAACCUACUGGAGGACUAAACAACACCUGCCCCAGGAUGAAGCCUACUGCAUCAUGUGAUAAGACAUCACUGUAUGAACGAGAAUGUUUCAGGUUUUAAGGGACAUUUGGAGAUUUAAUGCACCUUGGUUAAGUGUUAGUGUCUGUUUUGUUGUUUUGCACAACAAAAUCAAAUUUUACCAACAAAUGCAGGCACAGUGCCAUUUUAUUAAGAAUGUUAAUAUUUGAAUAAGAUUGCCCUCAGGUGCAAAGGUUUGAACAGGGCAACAGAAAAGUCCUGGUAACACUUUAAUGGCUUGUAUUUCAGAUGAUGUACUGUACAAGUACUGAGUAGAAAAGAUCACAACAAUCACCACUAGAUUUAAGUGUGACAGAUGCCAUUUUAAAAUAAUGUUGCCUUAUUUCAGAGGGACGUACCCCAAAGCUUUCACCCAAGUAUUCAUCUGUGUCGCAUGAGACACAAAACAGACACACAGAGGGUUGAAAUCCUUGAAGAUAUGUACUGUUGCCUGUGAAAAGAAAGUGUUGAUCAGAGUGUUUCUAACUCUGAGAAACAUCAAGGAACUCAAAGGGACUAAAUGGAUCGGCAGACCACCCUGGACGCCUUUUCAUCUAAUUCAAUGGAGACCGCAAAAUAUCGAAUGAACCUAAUACCCUUGGAUACAUUUAAAUAGCUGUUGUGAACCCAAGCCCCUAACAUGCUUGAUUUUUUGAACUUGAUUUAGGGCGUGUCAGGUUUCUUUGUAUCAUAAAAAAUUGCCUGUUUUCCUUUAUUUGUAAACUAUACAUGUUAAGCAGAUGACACUAUUUUGAAAUAUGACUUGAUUUCAUAUUGUAUAGACUGUACAGGAAUGUAUAUUCCUGCUUGUGUGUUUUUAUAUAGCAUUUGUGUGUAAGUGUGUGUGAGAGAGGAAGCAGUAGAGAGAAAAGGGAUAGAAAGAAAUAAUGACGAUAGAAUAGGUUUCAGUAAUAUUGAGUCAAUAUGAAAGCAGCAUGUGGUCUCCAAAUCAUACAAAGUGAGCAGUCAUCAUAUGAAAAUGUAUCCUUUAAAUGGAUUUCUCUGACUGAAAAUGUACUUUGAUUUUUUAACAGUAAUUUACAGGCAAGCAUUAAACACGACUGGAUAAUGAAUAAGGGGACAGAAUAAUUAGCAAACAACACUUUCACAUUACAAGCGGGCCAUAGGAUUUAAUGAUUUGAAUGAUGAUGCAAAUUACUGCAUUUUAAAAUGCCAUUAGCAAAUGAAUAUUUUUUUGCAAAUGAUGAUCUUGGGAAUGUUUUUAAAAUACUGCUUUGCUCUCAUCAGAAUACAAAGACUUAAAGAAAUGAAGUGGUAUUUAGAAUGAAGGAAACUUGAAUGUUACCAGGCCCUCUUAUAUUUCCCAGCGACAUAAACCAUUUGAGUGUCUGGAUCACAGUAUGUCUAAAAUCAAAAAGUAUUCAGGCUGGUUGUAACCCCAGAGAUGUUUGCUGUGUGGAAACCAGUUUAGACUACACUGAGUUGUGUCUCCAAAUUAAGAUUCAUGUAAUGCAAAUGUCUGACCUACAGUAUGUUAGGCAUAGAAAUAUUUGUGCAGUCAGUUUUCUAAAUGUGGACACUUGCACAGCAUACUGUAUUAGCAUGCAUUCCACUGCAUUUCAUAGAUUCAAAACUGGGGAUUACAACUUGUACAGAUGUUGAUGUGGAAAGAUUAAGUGAAAAGUAAACUGAGGUCCAUAAUUUUUACGUCUGGCAUUCCUUUGCGAGAUGAUAUUCUGUAACUGUACAGUUUAACUGAGGUGGUUCUUUUUCCCACUCAUCAAUAAAGACUCUACUUUUGAUGCA